AUCACGAUUCACAUUUAAUAGACCACAUUAGACUAAAGACCAAGACGUGCAACAUUAAGGUGACUAUUAAGUCACGUUGAGUUCAAAAAUCAAAAAAUUAAGUGUUGAAAAGUACCUACCUGAAAAGUAGUAUCCAAUUAAGUUAUCUUUAACUGAACACAAAAUGUCUUCAAUGACGGCUCUUAAAUUGUUCAGAAAUCAACUCGUCAGAAAUGUUUGGCGUUUUAGGAGCACCGGACAAUCACUGUACAACCUCAGACAGAGUAAUGUACCAUUGUCAUUGAGUGUGCCCAUUAGAAACUUUGCAGCUAAUCCAAAAGUGGACGACAUCGUGAACGAAAAAAACCCAAGUGCAGAAAAACUGGAAUUUCAAGCUGAGACUCGUAUGUUGUUGGAUAUUGUAGCCAAAUCUUUAUAUUCUGAAAAAGAAGUUUUUAUCAGAGAAUUAAUUUCAAAUGCUAGCGAUGCUUUGGAAAAAUUACGUUAUGUUAGUUUAAAAGCAGGCGAAUCUCAUGACCUUGGAAGUUUAGACAUAAACAUAACCACCGACAAGACAAAUCGAAAAUUGAUAAUUCAAGAUACAGGAAUUGGAAUGACUAGGGAAGAGUUAAUUUCAAAUUUGGGUACUAUUGCUAAAUCUGGUUCUAAAGCAUUCUUGCAAAAUAUUCAGCAAAGUGAAGCAACAAAUUUAUCGUCAAUCAUAGGUCAAUUUGGUGUUGGCUUUUACAGCUGUUUUAUGGUGGCUGAUAGAGUAGAAGUUUUCACUAAAUCAAUGAACCCUCAUGCUACAGGAUACCUGUGGAAAUCAGAUGGAACAAAUGAAUAUGAAAUAAUAGAGUCUGAUAAUAUUGAGAGGGGUACUAAAAUUGUCAUGUAUCUUAAACAAGAUUGUCGCGAAUAUGCUUCAGAAGAUACCGUUCGAAGUGUCAUUAACAAAUACAGCAAUUUUGUAAAUUCUCCUAUUAAAUUAAAUGGUUCUGAAAUUAAUACCAUCCAACCAUUAUGGUUACUUAACCCAAAAUCUGUUUCCAAAGAACAACAUGACGAAUUCUACAAAUUUGUAGCUAACUCUUAUGAUAGGCCAAGAUUUGUGUUGCAUUACUCUGCCGAAGCUCCUAUUCAAGUGCGAGCACUGCUAUACUUCCCAGAAUUAGCGCCAGGUCAGACUGAUUUUUAUGAUAGUUCAACUAAAGGUGUAUCACUUUAUACUAGACGCAUUUUGGUUAAAAAAGAAGCUGAAAAUGUAUUACCCAAAUGGCUUCGUUUCGUAAAAGGUGUUAUUGAUUCCGAAGAUAUUCCAUUAAAUUUAAGUAGAGAAAUGUUACAAAAUUCUUCAUUACUAAGAAAAUUGAAUCAAUUAUUGACUAGUAAAAUAGUUAAAUUCUUGCACGAUAAAUCUGUAAAAGAUCUUGAUGAAUACAUGAAGUUUUAUCAGGACUAUGGUGUGUUUAUCAAAGAAGGAGUUGUAACAAAUGAUGACCCCAAAGAACGCGAAGAGCUUGCUGGCCUUUUAAGAUAUGAAUCAUCGUACACUAAACCUGGUGAAACAACAUCAUUUGAAGAUUACAUCAAGAGAAGACAAGAAGGUCAAAAUGAUAUUUACUAUUUAUCUGCUCCUAACCGUGCUUUAGCUGAAAGUUCUCCAUACAUCGAAGCAUUAAAGAAGAAAAACGUUGAAGUUAUAUAUUGUUAUGAACAACAUGAUGAAAUCAUUUUAUAUCAAGUUAAAACAUUCAAGAAUGUCAAACUCACUUUAGUAGAAAAAGAAAUUAAUGCGGCUAAUAAUCAAAGUUCUCAAACAGUUGAAUUAGGUAAUGAUAGUUUGAGUCAGUUACAAUUAGAUUAAUUAUUACCAUGGAUUGAAUCCGUAUUGGGUAAUAAAGUAAAAAAAG